AUGAUCAAAGCAGGUUGGGGUACGAAACAGGGCGGCCUUAUCAAAACAUGGAAGAAGCGCUGGUUCGUCCUCGAAAAGGAUGCACUCGUCUAUUUUACAAAGGAAGGAGGUGAAGAACAAGGAAGAAUCCCAAUCGGAUCUACUUGUGUUGUUUCACCAGCUCCAGAUUGCAAGAAACAACCAGCUUUCAAGAUCGUCACAAGCGAGCGUACUUAUUUCAUCGUUACCGAUACUCAAAAAGAAUGUUCUGAUUGGAUUUCAGCAAUUUCGAACACAAUCGCUCACUGUCCCACAUCUACAGCAGCUGCUCCAGUUCCAGCACCAGGGGCGAAAGCGGCCGGAGCACCAGUUAAGAAAGCUUCUAUGGAAGAUUUUACGAUUAUCGGCGUUCUCGGUCGUGGAACAUACGGAAAGGUCCAACUCGUCAAACAAAAAGAAACAGGCAAGCUCUUUGCUCUUAAGACAAUGAGCAAGAGGCUUUUAGCCGAGACAGAUCAGAUUGAGCAAACAAUUGUCGAAAGAGAUCUUCUCCUCAAAGUCAAAUGCCCAUUCCUUGUUGGUGCCCACUAUACAUUCCAAACAGACGCAAAGGUUUUCAUGAUUCUUGAUUACGUACCGGGAGGUGAAUUAUUCGGUCGUUUGAAACAAGAAUCCAGCUUCCCAGAAUCACGUACAAGGCUUUAUGCAGCUGAAAUCCUUCUCGGUUUAGGAUACCUCCACUCGAAAAAUUACAUUUAUCGCGACUUGAAGCCCGAAAACAUCCUUGUCGAUAUUGAUGGCCACUUACGCCUUACAGACUUCGGCCUUGCAAAACGCGCUACAGAUAACGAAUCAACAAACUCAUUCUGCGGAACUCCUGAAUAUAUCGCUCCAGAAAUGAUCCAGCGCCUUCCUUACACAAAGGCCGUUGACUGGUGGUCACUCGGUAUCUUAAUCUUCGAGAUGCUUACAGGCCUUCCACCAUUUUACGAUGAGAAUGUUAAUCAGAUGUACCGUUCUAUUCUCAGGGACGAAGUAGCCUUCCCAUCCCACAUUUCUCUUGCUGCUCGCAAUCUUAUCAACAAGCUCUUAGAUAAGAAUCCAGCAACUCGUCUCGGUUCAGGUCCUACUGAUAUGGAAGAGAUCAAGACUCAUCCAUUCUUCAAAGACCUCAACUGGAGUGAAGUCGAAGAGAAGAAGGUCAAGCCAGAGUGGGUCCCAGAAAUCAAGGACGCUACAGAUACUUCUUGCUUCGAUGAAGAAUUCACUCAGGAAACAGGAGGUGUUUCAUUCGAAGAUGGAAGCUUAAUCGGACAUGAUACACAACAACAAUUCACCGGAUUUACUUGCACACAGGAUUCAGCUCUCGAUGAUCUUUAA